AUGGCGGUGGACGCAGCUGAUCCCAAUAUAACAAGGAGGAGGAGCUCUAGAAGGACGCAAACAACCACGCCGGAAACUCCGACUCGAUCAUCGAGUAAAUCUGAAACACGUCUUCAUCCAUCAUCGAGUAAUAUUACAAGCAGUAGCUACAGCUACGGAGGUGGCACCAGUUCAAGUUACAGACUCAACAGCUCAAUUGCAACCGCAGAAGCUUCCGUUUCCUCCAGAACAUCGCUUUCCAGCCUCCGUAAUUCUUUGCCGGAAAACACUCACAUCUACGAUUUCUCGGAGAUUCGUUCCGCUACCAAUAACUUUCUAGCAAAACGUUUUUCUUCUUCGUCUUCGUCGCCGUCGUGGCGGUGUUCUCUUCGCGGCAAGGAAGUGGUUGUUUUUCAACGGAAGUUUCGUCGUUCGAUACAGGAAUCUGAAUUGCGAGAGAAGUUAUCUGUUAUUUACAGAAGCCAUCACAUGAGCAUAAUUAAGCUGCUUGGAGCGUCGAUUUCAGGUGAUUAUAUUUACCUGGCUUACGAUUUCAUGCCCGGCGGCAACCUAGCGGAUUGUUUGCGUAAUAAGAGAAAUCCUGAGUUUACGGUGUUGUCGACGUGGAUGUCGCGGAUGCAAAUCGCGACGGAUUUAUCCUCUGGUUUGGAUUAUAUUCACAAUAAUGCCGGUUUGAAAAUCAAUUUAGUUCAUAAAUAUGUAAAAUCCAGUAGCGUAAUUGUCACCGAGCCAUCGUUCAACGCUAAGAUCUGUCACUUUGGCACGGCGGAGUUGUGCGGAGAGACGGUGAUCGAGCCAAAAAUCGUAAAAGAUGACAAAAGAAGCGGCGAGAUCCAGGAGGUUGUUUCGCCGGAAUCUUCGCCGCCGACGAAUUUAACGAGAUCUAACAGUCGAACCUUGCAAUUUGAAGGAAUUAAAGGAUACAUGGCGCCGGAGUUUCGUGGUCUCGCAACACAGAAAUCCGACAUAUACGCAUUCGGCGUUGUGAUUUUGGAGUUGUUAUCAGGUGAAGAACCUGUGAAGUAUAAGUUCGAUAAGGAGAAAGGGAACCACGUUAAGACUUCGAUUGUGAAUACCGCGAAAUUUGCGGUGGAAGGCGACGGAGGAGAUGAGUCGGAAGUUGGAUGGAGACUCAGACGGUGGGUUGACAGGCGGCUGAAGGAUUCGUUUCCGGUGGCGGUGGCCGAGAAGUUGACCCGAAUAGCGUUGGAUUGUGUGGAUGAGGAUCCGAAUAAACGGCCUAACAUGAGCCGCGUGGCGGGUAAAAUCUCAAAACUGUAUUUGGACUCGAGAAAAUGGGCGGAUACUAUUCAGGCUCCUACCGAUUUUACAUCUUCAUUUGCCCCAAGGUGA